AUGCGCUUCUCUAUCCUUGCACUCGCCGGCCUGCUGCCCGGUGCGCUCUCCGCUGCCGUUGCCGUCGAGUCGCGCGCCGCCCCCGCCACCGAGCUGGACUUCGCCCUCGCCGCCUCCAACUACAACUUCACCGCCGACUUCGCCCCCGCCCUCUCCUACGCGCUGUCCGCCAUCUCCGCCAUCCCCGACGACGUGCUCGCCUCCAACUCCGACGCCGCCCUCGACGCCUGGCUCGUCGCCAACCACUACCGCACCCCCGGCGGCCUCGACCUCACCACCACCACCACUUCUACCGAGAUUGAGGCCCGCGGCUUCUGGAAGGCCACCAAGUGCGUCGCCUCCAUCAUGUGGGCGAUCGGCUCCACGGCCAUCCCUAUCGCCAAGAUUGCAAAGAUCAAAAAGUACAUCGAGGCCCUCGGCGGCGUCAAGAAGGCUGUCGAGCUGAUGCUGGGCGCCACGUCCAAGGCGGAGAAGCUCAAGGCUGGUGGGCAGGCUCUGGUGAGCCUGAGCGCGGAACUGCUGGGCAUCGCGAGCGUGAAGUCCAACUGCUUCUGA